AUGUCGUCGCAUGGAACGUCUAGCCAUAAUAGCUACAGUGGAGUGCACGACGACCUAGUAGGGGAACGACAGCCUUUACUAAGUCAAAAUGGAGCACGGACUACCGCUGCUUUAUCUCCUAGUACAGGAUCUUCGUCUGUUUUAUUGCGUCAUAGCUCCCGUCACCGACGUCAAUGUACUGAUAUAAUCUUCUUGGCAUGUCUCGUCACAUACUGGAUUGGGAUGGUGGCACUAGCGAUAACUGCUUUAUUUCAUGAAAGUAGUGGAUCUUUUGCUCAAGAGAUUCAAAAUGGUGUGGAUUUUCAAGGACAAUCCUGUGCCGAAAACGAUUUUAUCUAUUUUCCCGAUUUUCAAAAAAAUCCAGAUUUUGGAUUUUGUGUGGAUCACUGUCCACGUAUGAAUGGACAACUUUUAACCGUUUUUUUACCGGUACAAACUAGUAUACAACAUAAAAGUAUACAUGAAUCAAUUCAUGAGCUACAACAAGUGCAGUUUACGUCCUAUGCAACCCAUCCAUGGGGGUAUGUAUGUGCACCAGUAGGAGUGAAUGCCAAAGACGUGAUGAUUUACCAAUUGCAAGACACAUUAGGACAAUUUGUGGGAGCUCUUGGAAAUUGUUGGCAGGUGUUUAUCAUUGCAACGGGAAUUUCGCUGUCAACGGCGGGGUUGUAUCUAGUAUUAUUACGCUAUUGUGGAUGUUUUAGUGUCUUGUUCUCGACCGUGGCAAUUGAAUCGACGCUCGUGUAUAGCAGUUAUCGACUAUUGCAUGCAGCAUCAGAUCCGCUCUCGUAUGAGUAUGACCCUGUCAUGUUGAGUUCUCUCCAGAUCAGUUCCGUUGUCAUGUGCUGCACGGCAGUGCUCUUUUUGCUCUUUGCGGUGGUCAAUAUGUCGAGGCAAUUAAUUGCUGGUGCGUUUAUUACGCAUUCAUCACGUGCACUAUCUCAGCUAAAGCGACUGCUGGUGUUGCCGUUCAUUUCGUAUGUGCUGCUGUUGUUACUCUUUGGCUGGGGCAUUUUCGUGACCGUUUGCAUUUUUGGUGCUGGAGAAACGUCCACGCGUAUUGCAACGAUCUCCGCUACCUCUCCGUCCUCCAUUCGUGUAGUGACCAAGUCAUUCCAAGUAAGUACAAAGCUACGGUGGCUCUUCAUAUACCACCUGUGGGGAAUGUACUGGUCGGUGAAUUUUGUCUUGGCGAUGGGUGAGAUGAUCACAGCUACCGCAGUGUCAUUAUGGUAUUUCUCUCCUGAAAACCGGAUUACGGGUUUAAAAGACUUUGAAGAAGAAGACUUAGUGUCCUACUCAGCAUACACGACUAUCAAGUAUCAUCUCGGAACGUUAGCACUGAGCUCGGGUUCCGUCGCACCUGUGGAGCAUUUUCGUUCAUUCUUCUUGUACCUUGAAAACAAGAACGAAUUUGACGCCAACACGAUCACGAAACUCGCAGCCAAGUGUUGUUGUUGCUGUAUUUGGUGCUUCAAAAACUGCCUCAAAUACAUUUGCAAGGAAGCAGUCUAUGUCACUGCAUUCCAAGGCACCGAUUUUUACACGUCUGGAAAGUUGGCAUACACGCUGAUUUCUUCCAACUUGCUCCGAGUCGGAGCUCUCAGUCAAAUUGGACAUGCAUCGGUUUUUCUGGGCAAAUUAAUCGUAUGCACCACCACAUGCCUCAUCUCGUGGUUUCUACUUGAAAAUGCCUCUUCGCCCAUUCUACCGCUAGUCGUCAUUGUGCUAUUCUCUUACAGUGUAGCGCACGCUUUUAUGACGAUUUACGAGACGUCGAUCAACAUGCUGCUCAUGUGCUUUACACUCGAUGAAAACUUGCACGGCGGUCGAGGCAAUUCAAUUCAUGCCUCAGCGCCGUUGAUUCGAUCUGUGAACGACCACCUGCGGCCAAAGUGGCAAACAGCUAUGUAG